AGGCAGGUGCCCGACAUGGCGAGUGCUGUGCUGCCGAGCGGACCCCAGUGUGCGGCGGCGGCGGUGGCGGCGGCGGCGGCGGCGCCUCCCGGUCUCCGACUCCGGCUUCUGCUGUUGCUCCUCUCCGCCGCGGCACUGAUCCCCACAGGUGAUGGACAGAAUUUGUUUACUAAAGAUGUGACAGUGAUCGAGGGAGAAGUUGCAACCAUCAGCUGCCAGGUCAAUAAGAGUGACGACUCUGUUAUCCAACUACUGAAUCCCAACAGACAGACCAUUUAUUUCAGGGACUUCCGGCCUUUGAAGGACAGCAGGUUCCAGCUGCUGAAUUUUUCAAGCAGUGAACUCAAAGUGUCCUUGACAAAUGUCUCAAUUUCUGAUGAAGGAAGAUACUUUUGCCAGCUCUACACUGACCCCCCUCAGGAAAGUUACACCACGAUCACGGUCCUGGUCCCGCCACGUAAUCUGAUGAUCGAUAUCCAGAAAGACACUGCGGUGGAAGGUGAGGAGAUUGAAGUCAACUGCACCGCCAUGGCCAGCAAACCAGCCACAACCAUCAGGUGGUUCAAAGGGAACAAGGAGCUCAAAGGCAAAUCGGAGGUGGAGGAGUGGUCAGACAUGUACACUGUGACUAGUCAGCUGAUGCUGAAGGUGCACAAGGAGGAUGACGGGGUCCCGGUGAUCUGUCAGGUGGAGCACCCUGCCGUCACUGGAAACCUGCAGACCCAGCGGUAUCUAGAAGUACAGUAUAAGCCCCAAGUGCAUAUUCAGAUGACUUAUCCUCUACAAGGCCUAACCCGGGAAGGGGACGCGCUUGAGUUAACAUGUGAAGCCAUCGGGAAGCCCCAGCCUGUGAUGGUAACUUGGGUGAGAGUCGAUGAUGAAAUGCCUCAACACGCUGUACUGUCGGGGCCCAACCUGUUCAUCAAUAACCUAAACAAAACAGAUAAUGGUACAUACCGCUGUGAGGCUUCAAACAUAGUGGGGAAAGCUCAUUCGGAUUAUAUGCUGUAUGUAUACGAUCCCCCCACAACUAUCCCUCCUCUCACAACAACCACCACCACCACCACCACCACCACCACCACCACCACCAUCCUUACCAUCAUCGCAGCCAAAAAGAAAAAGAAAAUUUCUGGAGCCCCCUGAGGAAUUUCCUGUGAAGAGGAGCCAAUAUAGCAGGCCUGGUUUUGAAGCCUGGUAGAAGGAGAAAACUUGAACGGCAUUAGAAAUAGAAGAAGAGACAAACCACGGUUUCUUCCAUAACAAGUGCAUCUGGCAGUGAAAAAACCUCACGUGCCAUCUCCUGAUUCACCCCGAAGGCAGGACUCCUGGCAGCUCACAGCCGUGAAUGUGGUUCUGGAUCGUGAGCGAAAGGACGGCUGGAUGCUUUAAUUUUUGGAAUGUCACAUGAUGAGAAGUGGCAUUUGGAAUUAUGUGGACUUGGGUGUUUUCCAUGCAAGACUUCUUGCCCUUAGAUUGUAACAUAGUAAGAUCCGCAGAGUGGAGGAUGGCUGAGUGGUGAGUAUGAGUGCGUGUGUGUGUGUGUGUGUGUGUGUGUGUGUGUGUGUGUGUGUAUAGAAACUAAUCUGAAAACCUUUAACAUGUUCAUUCCUCUGGCCUCCCAGUUAAUUGAACUUUCCAGCUGAACCCUGCUGAAAUAACACACUGGAUGGAAAACUUGAACCCAUAUAUUCAUCUACAGGCAUCUGCGCAUGAGCCAUAAAAGGAUCCUAAACGUGCAAUUGAUUCAGCGACGCCUGAUUGCCAGUCGUAAAGCCUGAGUGCCUGGGUGGAUUGGGUUAAAACAAAGGCAAUGUUUGAAUGUAUGAAUCUGUUGUUCAGCCAGCCUUCCGACUGAACUUUUCUGUCACAGUCCUGAGCCUUGAUGCGUUCAGAGCCAUCUACCAGUCACUGAGUUUGCACUGGUGUUUCUCAUCACUUUGCAUGUUCCCCUGACUAUUGACUAGCAAGUAGAUGUAUCCUGGCAAGACCCCCAGAACCAAAGAAUCUACUGUUUUCCUCACUGGCUCGCAGCUUUGAGCUGAAGGCAUGUCUUAAAACAGUGCAACUCACUUCAAAUGCUUUUGGCUUUUCAUUUAUUAUUGCUUGUCACGCGAUGUUCUUUGAAAGCUUGCUCAUAUAUUAUCUGUUCCAUUUUUUUCCAUUUUCCCUUUUUUUGCAUGCCGUUCCUCCUGUUUCUUCCCUUCCUCCAAUCCUCUGUUCCCGUCUGUAGACACCACGGCGACGACAGAACCAGCAGUCCACGGUUGGUACCACAUUACUGUUUAUCUACCUUCUCAGCACUGCUGAGCAGCAAGGCA